CCCCCGCCCGACGUCACGUCCGGUCCCGAGAGAGUCCGGAACUACAUCUCCCAGCGUACCCCGGGGGGGCUUCCGCCCUGUUCAGCUCAGGUGAGGGAAGGUUUCAGUAGCUGUUACUGCGCAUGUUCCGUGCGAUCCCCGUUCGUCCGCCCCCAGGCCUAAAGUUACUUCCGCUGCUGUCUCCCUAUGAUCCGGGAGCGCGGGCUGAGCGGGGCACGGCCGGGAGCGGCAGGAGGGGCCCAGAGCAGGGCGGGAGGGGGAUAAGGGGCGGGGCUGUAGAGAACCCCGCCCCCAAUGAGGGGACAGCGCCGCCUCCCAGCCCCGCUCGCGCCGCGCUCCAACGGCCCUAACGGCCGCAACCGUCAUGUGUCUCUCUCCCCCUCCCCCACCCUGACGCCCCGCGGGUUGCGUCACUUCCGGACCAGCUGCCGGGGGGAGCUCCGGGCCCGCGGGAGAGCCGGUAAGGGCCAGGCCGGAAGCUGGGGCUACAGAAUAACGUACACGUUUCGCUGCAGAUCAUCCCCUCCUUCCAGGGGGAAGGAAAUGGCUGCAAUGGAGCUGGCUCAGGGGCCGAUGACUUUUGAGGAGGUGGCUGUGUAUUUCUCCAGGGAAGAGUGGGCUCUGCUGCACCCUAUUCAGAGAGCCCUCUACAGGGAUGUCAUGCAGCAGAACUAUGAGAAUGUGACCUCGCUGGGUAAGGAUUCCCGUCCCCUCAGUUAUUAGAUCCUAAGGGGGUCUCUAAAGAAGCAAAGUGGUAAUAACUUUAUACCUUU